AUGGGCCUGGAGGAGUGCUCAGAGGACCACCACACGGCUAUUGUUAUUUCUUACCAGCUGGGGUCGCCACAAGGCCAGGCCCUGACGGAGCCUGAGCACACUCAGCAGAUGUUCAAUGCCAAGAAGCUGAUGGCUGCCUUCCACCCUGCCAUCCAUGUUCAGGGACCACAUAUCGCAUCCAUGAAGGCGGUGGACAAGCAAAUGCUGAAUAUCCAAAACAAGAAGAGCUGCUAUUUUGUCAGGUGGCUCCCCAGCCGUGUGGAAAUAGCUGUCUGUGACAUCCCACCCUGGGGGCUGAGAAAGGCCUGCCACCUUCAUCAGCAACAGCACCACCAUCAGCAGCUGUUCAAGUGCACCUCCCAGCAGUUCGCGGACGUCGGGGAGGGCAUGAAUGAGAUGGAUUUCACCAAGGCCUAGAGCAACAUGAAUAGCCUGGUGUCCGAGUACCAGCAGUGCCAGGAGGAUGAGGGCAUCUUUGAGGAGCGGGAAGAGGAGGAGGUGGCCUAG